CGGGGGCGGCGCCCGCUGCCCCGGCGGUGUCCCAGGCCGGCCGGACUGCAAGGUGCGGUGGGCGCAGACAGUGUGAGCGUCUGUGUGGGGGCGUUCGGAGCCUGCCCGCCAAGUGACCACGGCUGGGCCAUGGGGACCGCGCUCGUGUACCACGAGGACAUGACCGUGCCCAGACUGCUCUGGGACGACCCCGAGUGUGAAAUCGAGUGCCCUGAGCGCCUGACCACAGCCCUGGAGAGCCUGCGACAACGUGGCCUGGAGCAGAGGUGCCUGCGGCUGGUGGCCAGGGAGGCCUCUGAGGAGGAGCUGGGCCUGGUGCACAGCCCUGAGUAUGUGGCCCUGUUGCGGGGGACCCAGUCCUUGGACACGGACGCGCUCCGAGAGCUGUCGGCACAGUACGACGCCGUCUACUUCCACCCGAGCACCUUCCACUGUGCGCGGCUGGCCGCGGGGGCGGCCCUGCAGCUGGUGGACGCGGUGCUGACCGGAGCUGUGCACAAUGGGCUCGCCCUGGUGAGGCCUCCCGGGCACCACAGCCAGCGGGCGGCCGCCAGCGGAUUCUGCGUGUUCAACAACGUGGCGGUGGCGGCCCAGUACGCGAAGCAGAACCUGCCCGCGCCGCUGGCCCUGGACGCCGCCGCCGUCCGGCAGGAGGAGGCAGCUCCGUGGGGAGAGCUGCAAGCUUGGGCCAGGCCACACGCUGCCCUGACCCAGGCUGAGGCCCUCGCCGCGCUGGGGAAAGCCCUGCGCCUGCUAGACGGGAUCCAGGCCCGGCAGGUGAGCAGCGGCCUGGCAGCCGUCCCUGCACCCGCGGUGGCCGCCUCCCUGGACGUGGCCCUUCAGCGCUGUCUGUCCCAGGGCGCCCAGAGGCUCUUGUGUGUGGCUGUGGGGCAGCUGGACCCGCCCCCCGCCCUCGCCGACGACGGGAGGACUCUGUACCUGAACAUCAGGGGCGAGGAGGUGGCUGCGCCGUCCAUGUUCCGUGUCUCCAUGCCACUGCCAAGGACCACGGGCGGAUUCCUGAGCUGUGUCCUGGCCCUGGUGCUGCCCCUGGCCUAUGGCUUCCAGCCAGACCUGGCGCUGGUGGUGCUGGGCCCGGCCCACGGCCUGCAGGACCCCAGGGCUGUGCUCCUGGCCGCACUGCUGCAGGCGCCGGCAGGGGGCCGAGUCUUAGUCCUGGUGGAAGAGGAGUCCACGCCGCAGCUUACAGGGGCCCUGGCGCAGGCGCUGCUUGGGGAGCCACCGCCCAGCCUGGGCGCCUUCUCCCCGGCCUCCCCGGAGGACAUGCGGGCCCUGCUGUACCUGAGGGGCCAGCUGGGGCCGCGCUGGGAGCUGCUGCAGUUGGCCGCCCCGCAGUGAGCGCUGACGCCUGUCAGCCUGAGAGCAGCCAGGGGGGAGUAUUCACAGCCCAGGAACCCCGAGAGCGCGUGGCCGGAGCCACCAGCAGCGACUCGACUCGCCACCCAGGCCAACGCAAGGACCGGCCUCCCUCCUGGACCCGCCCCUCCGCGGAAGCCCCGCCCCGGCCCCGCCCCUCCAGCAGUAAACGCCAGUC